AUGCCGACGACACAGGUUCCGAACGGGCUCUCGCCCAUGUCCGAGACGACGCCGGAAUCGUCUCCCGGACCCUCCCCCAAGCGACAGUGUUUCCAAGGCUCGCCCGCGUACGGCACGAUAGAAGCGUCGGCCCUAGGAGGUUUGGCCGCGCGCGCGUGUGAGAAGUGUCGUGCGUCUAAACGGAAAUGUGACAAGAAGCUGCCUUUCUGCGAUAGGUGUAAGAGACUCAACGCCAAAUGCCACUACAUCCACGACAUAUCCAACAACGUGAUCCCGCAAGGCGCGCAGCUAGUAAUCUACCAGCCACACUCGCUAUCGCACGACGCCCUGCUGCGCGGCGCGGAGCCCCUGGAGGGGAUCACCGCCGCGCAGAUCCUAUCGCUGAUAUCGCCCGGGUCGGGGUCGGGGUCGGGGCAGGGGCAGCACAUCGACUGGCGCGCCGUCGUCAACACGUACUUCCUCUGCGUGCACUCAUGGUACGCCGUGAUCCACCCUCGGCUCUUCGAGCAACAAGCCGCGGGUCUCGCCGCCGUAACCGACGAGUCCGACACGCCCUCCCAUUCCCACUCCCACUCGGACCGAUCCGCCAAGACCGUCGCCCUCCUCGUCGCCGCCAUGGCCCUGCUCACGCGGAUGCGCAUCACGGACGCGGGCCCGCAGCCCAUCUUCGACGAGACGUACCGCACGGUGAAGCGGCUGCUAUCGUCGUUGUUGCUGGCGUGCGCGGGCGACCCGCACCCGGACGUCGAGGUGGUGCAGUGCGGCGCGCUGGUCGCGCUGUACGAGUACGGCCACGGCGACGCGGUCACGGCGUAUCGCACGCUGAGCCAGGCUGUUGUUACGGCGCGCGUGUUGGGGAUCAGGCCGGCGAAGUUGGCGGAGGGGGGGACGGGAAGAGGAGGGGAUAUUGGUAUGAAUGGGGUGGAAGAGGAGCAGAGUGGUGGUCUUUGGUGGGGGAUGUUUAUAUUGGAGCAGUUCAUCCACCAGGACGAAAACGCGAGGGACUUCCCCUUUCUACUAGAAAGUCCGACGCGCAACACGCUUCUGCCCGAGACGCCUCCCACAACGCCUCCGCCGAGCUCGAACGGGACGGGCACCGGGUCCGGAGUCGUAUUUCCCAUGUCGCCGCCGUCGGCGCCGCGACACCUAAGCACCAACAUCCUCAUCGGCACCGAGAAGUUCGGCGGCUUCCAGCUCUCGGCCAAGACGGCGUGUCUAUUCCACCGCGCGCUGCGCAUAGACAAGGAGCGCGAUGCGAGGCCGGGCAAGAUGCCGCUGGUAUCGACGUAUGCGGAUCUCGACAGGGAGAUUAGGGAGAGCACGUUGACGUUGCUGGGCGAGACGUUGGAUUGGGAGGCUAUGCUGGAUUGUUUUGCCAUGCUUGUUAGCGCGCUCUUCACCCUCUACAUGCCCUACCUCUCCAUCCUAGAAAACACGCUACACUUCUCCUCCUCCACGCCCGCAUCCACCCUCGUCGCCUCGAGCGCCGAGCUCUCGACCGCGAUAGCAGCCCUACGCUUCGCCUGCAAGAUGUCGACGGACAUCUCGUGCAAGCUAAACGCGAACUUCGAGUCGACGGCGCCCCGGUCGCCCGCGCUCCUGUGCGCCCCCGCCGGCGCCACCUGUUACCUGGUGAUACAGGCGUACGCGGCGCUGCGCCGCAUCUUCCCCGAGGAGCGCGACGACUGCGAGGCUAAUAUCGAGGAGAAGUUUGAGAGCUUGAAGUUGUUUAGUUUUCGGUGGGGGAUCGCUGAAAAAAUGAUGAGCCAGCUCGAGAAGAAACUCAACGUCGACCGCAACCACUACCUCCAGCGCUCGCGGCUGAUGCCCCCGCCGCAUACCAUGUGUUUCGAUUUCGUGCCGAGGUGA